AAAAGAAGCACUGUGUACGUUUAUUUUAAGAACCAGAUAGGUCUGAAACACUCAGGUGGGAGUAAUGGCUAUACAGCAGGUGUUUCCACAGGGUGCUGCUUUAUGGGCUGCGUGCAGGUUGACUGCGGUGCUCGUUUGUGCUCACCUACACGGCCACCGCAAAGGCACCCGGUGCAAAAGGCACAAUAAUUCACUCCAGGAAAUGAGAACAAUCCAGAAAUGCUCCCAUCUGAAAUACGCCCUUGCCAGUUCGGGCACGUCUGUCCCUGCAACGUCAGGGAAAGAAAGAAAAACAAAAAAAAAAAACCGAGAAAGGCAGCAGUGUUGCACGGGAGGUAAAAAGCAGCUUCUUCCUCCGUUAGGAACAACGUCAGCAGCGCAGCACAAGCGGAGCGGCGCCCGGCUUUAACGCGAUCCCCGCCGGCCGUUUGGUGCCACCCCGCCUCAGGCGGAAGCGCUACCCGCAGCCGCGCGUCCCGGCUCCCCCGCUCAGCCGGCGUUUCCCAGCGGCCCCGCGCUAGACGGCCCCACCGCAGGCGGCGCACCCUCCGGGCCAGCCGGCUGCAAGCGGGGCGGCAGGAGGCCGGCAGAGGCCCGCGCCGGCUCUUCACCCCUCCCACGCGGUGAGGGCAGCAAGACCAAGGACAAAACCCGCCCGCCCGCCUCGCCAGUCAGCCUCGAUGCCCGCCCGCACCGCCUCCUCCCGGCGCAUGCGCGGCCCUGCGGCCACGUGACCACCGAGGGCGGGGAGGGAGACGGGCGCGCGGCGCUGCGUCUGUGAGGGUGCGGGCUGGCGGCGCGGUGGGAGGGGGAGGAUCCAUCAUGGCGUCCAUGCAGAAAAGAUUACAAAAAGAACUAUUGGCAUUGCAAAAUGAUCCGCCUCCCGGAAUGACUCUAAAUGAAAAGAGCGUACAAAACUCAAUUACACAGUGGAUUGUAGACAUGGAAGGUGCUCCAGGAACGCUAUACGAGGGGGAGAAAUUUCAACUUCUGUUUAAGUUCAGUAGCCGAUAUCCUUUUGACUCACCUCAGGUCAUGUUUACUGGUGACAAUAUUCCUGUUCAUCCACAUGUUUAUAGCAAUGGUCAUAUCUGCUUGUCCAUUCUAACAGAAGACUGGUCUCCAGCUCUCUCAGUGCAAUCUGUUUGUCUUAGCAUUAUUAGCAUGCUUUCCAGCUGCAAAGAAAAGAGGCGACCUCCAGAUAACUCAUUUUAUGUAAGAACAUGUAACAAGAAUCCAAAGAAAACAAAAUGGUGGUAUCAUGCUGGUUCACAUAACGGAUCCUUUCAGAUAGUCCACAGUGAAGAGACCUUAUUUUGAUACAAGGUAAUGUGUCUGAAGAAAUGGUUAAAGUGCAUCUUCUCAUAUACUUAAAUCUUUUCAUAUGUUGGAUUGCCGUUCUACAAUACAUGAUUUCAAAGAAGCUUUAUGACAUACUGUAUGUAUUUUGUUGCAGUUGUGUGAUGUAAUGCAAAGCAUUAUGUUUUUUUGAUCUAUGCUAUCACAUGGACUACAAUGAAGUUAACUAAAUUUAUGCUGCUCUUCAGUGAAAUCCUCUGUAAUAAGAGAAAAAGAAAUCCAAGGUAGAUUAGAAUUUACCUCAAGUCUUCUAGUUUACAGUAGAAAUGCAUUCAUUGGUUCUCUUGUAGAUUUAUUGGUAAGUUCUCCUAUAUAGAGAGGGCAAGGACAAGGCCUACAUACCACUUGAGCCCUCAAAUUAAUGCAACUAUUCUGACAAUACUAUGGUGCCCUGAAAGGGGGUUUAAAUUAGAUGAAGGUGGUGCCAUCCUUUCCAUAGGGUGAGCCUGUGUAUGUAAUUUUCUUUUGCUUGGAGUUUCUCACAUGAAAUGGUUACAGAAUUGGCUUGAAAUGAUCUUGCUUUUAUUUUGUGUCAAUGUUAAUGUUGUUAAACACUUUGUUUUUGUGUUUAGUGUCUUUAUACUAUAACACAAUAAAUUCUUGUUUUAAAAUAGAUCACAACCCUUGAAUGUAAGUACGUGUGGACCUUUUCGUGGUGGAGUGCAGGAGCAUUGUUCAUUACAUUCAGCUGCUCUUGAGACAAAACUGUCCGUACUUCCUAAAAGCUGUGAUGGAUAUCCAGGAAGGGAUUUCUGUAGUACUGAAGUGUCUCCUCUUUCCUCCAGGCAACAUCUGUUGCAAAGCUGAAGAAAAUUAUAUCUUUAGAAAACAAAACAAAGAUUUAAGAUAUAAUAAAUAAAAGAGCACUGAGAUUACCUUUCAUUUCUCAUAGAUUUUUAAAUAGUUCCAUGCUGUUGUUCUUCAUUGUUUGACAAAUGCUUUGUAUAUCAAUGGGCAGUGGGAGUUUCAGAUGUUUGUUUACAUUUAGGGGAAAGAGAUUUUCUGUUACUUAAUUAGCAUAUGUCAGCAUUGUUCAAUGAAACUUACAGUUGCUUUCAGUCUGGCUUCUGUUUUGGAAAAAGCAAGACACAACAUCUAAGGUUUUAAAGGUAAGGACUAAGGAAACUGUAAGAUCUACAUGUUAGUAACUUUUAAAGAACAGAUUAGACAAACACUUCCCAUGAAAAAUUUAUAUAUAAUGAAUAUUAAGACUUUUUGAUGGGGUUUUUGCUUUUGUUGUUGUUAAUGUAGACAUUUGUUAAAAUUAAUAGGUUUUUUUAAGGAAAAAAACACCUGUGGCACUCGUUUUUUAAAUAUGUCUUGUUACUUUGUGAUAGUGGAGUUGCAUAUUAUCUACCUUUGUUGGGGAAAGCUGCUGUAGUUUUUGCCUCCUUGAUAAAGAGUUCAGCAUUAUGUUGUGCUGUACACUUAGAAUGAAGCCUCAUGAAUACCAAUCAUUCUAAAAAGACAGCUGAAUAGCUGAGUGUUGAACUGAAUAAAGAAAACUAAAUGACCGUGUAAUAUUCCAUUUUCAGCUGCAGCUGCACAGGAGACUGAGAAGGUUCAUUUGGGAUUUCAUUUGUAACGCAAGUACUUGUUGGCCUGUUGUUUCCAGGACCUCUAGAAACUUUGCAGACCAUCAAGAUCAUAAAUGCCUUAAAAUAACU